AAUUGACCGAACAAACAGUGUAAGGUUUAAUUACUUAUUUUCACUCCGAAGUAAGAAGCUCGCUAGAGGCAGAAGUGUUUUGCAUUGAAGUAAUUUGUGUGCAUGGAAAAUGCUUCGAUUUAUACUUCUAUUGAAUCUAUCUUUGAUUGUGUUUGCAUACUUUGACGAUCUCCAUUUACCUGAUAAUCCUAAGCAUUAUAACGAAUACAGUCGACAAUGUCAUGUACCCGUCAAAUGUGCAAGCGAUCGUCGAUGCCCGGAAGUCUACGACUGGAAAGAUUUGGAGCGCUGGGCUCAGCAGGAAGCAUACUCUCGUUUCGAGUGGGAAUCAAGCUUCACGGAUAAGCCGUGCUCGUUGAUCAGUCAUAGUGAAUACGAUUACAAUUUGUUUUCCACCGGAGCAUUAUCGAGUGAUGAAGAAAUUGGAGUGAAGAAUACGAUGACAACAGAUAUUCUGCUGGAAUAUUUGGCUAGUGGUGCAAAGUGCCCUGUGAGGAAUCUGCUGGAAGGUCGAUGUCCGAAUGUUAGUCGGGCAUUGUCUCUGGAAGAAUGCCAACACCAAAGAUUGUAUAAAUGUGAUCCAAACUAUCCCUAUCGCUCGUACAAUGGUAUCUGCAACAAUUUACAGCAUGCGACGUGGGGUCAAGCUGGGAAUCCCAUGAAACUGGAAAUAGCACCCUGUUUCGAUGAUUUUGUUUCGAAACAGCGCAGAAGCUCAACCGGAAGAACAUUGCCAAACAACCGGAAAGUUAUAAGCGAUAUUCAGCGUGCAUUGAGGAACAUUACAGCUAGGCAUGUAUCGGAUGAAAUGUUCAGCAUAUUUGGUCUGAUGUUUGCUGAAUUCGCCACUUCGGAUAUGAUUGGUCGAGUAAUGAAGCGUGCUCGCAACAGUACCGGUGGAUUCCGAGGUUGCAGGGCUGAUGGAAAAGGAAUAUCUCCGUAUCAAGCACCUUUGACGGCGCCUUUGACUGUUCUUCCGGACGACUCAAACUAUGGACCAAAGAACGUUGAAUGCCUUAAUUUUAGUCCGAUUGAAAAUGCUAAUGAUCAAUGUGAUUUAAGGUACCCUACCAAGAGGAAUACCGCGACUAGUUACCUCGAUUUAUCUGCAAUGUACGGUAAUGGCGAUCAGUACGACGAAAAUGGAAAAUUGAAAACAUCAUACUGCGGAGCGUCUGCUACAUUCGAUCGUAAUCAUGUUAUAUCAAUUCAGUUCAUGGCAAUAGCAGGUCUGUUUGCCCAACUGCAUAAUUAUUGUAUUGAUAGAGUACGAUCAUGUGGGCAGGAAUCCAAAGAAGAGGAUAUUAUAGAAAAAUGCCGCUCAUUAACGAUUGGUGUCUACCAAAGAAUAGUUUAUGACGAAUGGUUGUACAGCUUAUUUGGCGACGAUUUAUUCCAACAGUGUGAUUUCAACUGCAAGUAUGAUGAAAAUUUGGAAUCGAGUGUUUCCUCGACGUACACCAACGCACCCGGUCGUUUUCAACACAUAUGGAUCCCUGAUCAUUUUUCACUCUCCGAAGGUGGAAAACAAGUGCUAAAACCAGUGUUUGAGUUUUUCCACAAUUUCGGUUCAUUCGACUGUAAGAGUGUUUUAGAGGGGAUGUUCAACGACUCGAUUCGUGUUGAUACCUUGUCGGAGACGCUCAUCAACACAUUUUUCACAGACGACGGAGUACAUGGACAUUGUUUAUUGUGUCUUGAUUUGGAAAGAGGCCGCGACGCUGGUUUAUGUCCAUUAGUCUUGUACAAACAUUACUUUGAUAGAAUCUCAGAAAAUCCAACCAAAUGCUAUGAAUCGUUUGAUGAUUUGAAUGACAUAUUCUACGAAGAACUCAUCAACGUCUUCAAAAAACAUUAUGAAAGUCCAUUCGAUCUAGAUGCAUUGUUUCUAAUAUUCGAGAAGGAAAUACCAAAUGGAGCUUUCAUGCCCAGGACGGUAGCAGCUUCGACAUGCUUACAGUUCAAAAAUUUGAAGUGUAGUGAUCGUUUCUUCUAUUCCUGGAAUCAGUUCUUGACACCUGCUCAAAAGGAAUUGAUUAACUCCAUUGACAUGGUAACUUUGUUGGCGAUGUUUGGUGGAAUAGAACAGGUGCCGCGAAACCCUUGGUUCAUCAACUCAGAGGCGAUUUAUGCAAACAAAAUAAAGCAGGAGAUGAAUAGCAAACAUCACCUAUUUUGUAGUCUUUGAAGGUGUGCAUAAAUCUGUUUGUAUAUCGGAAAAGUCAUUAAAAAUCAACAACAUUCCUUAUUCUUUAGCAAACGUA